AUGCCUCGAGAGCUAGUAACUCUACAAAUAGGUCAAUGUGGUAAUCAAAUAGGCAUGGAGUUUUGGAAACAAUUAUGCAUAGAGCAUGGCCUAGGAGUUGAUGGUACAGUUGAAAAGAAUAUUGAGACUGUCGAUGAUAGAAAGGAUGUAUUUUUUUAUUUGGCAGAUGAUAGUCACUAUGUACCCAGAGCCUUAUUAUUUGACUUAGAACCUAGAGUUCUAAAUAGUAUUAAAUCUAGUGAAUUUAAGCAUUUGUAUAAUCCAGAAAAUUUUUAUAUUGGUAAAGAAGGAGGUGGAGCAGGGAACAAUUGGGGUUGCGGCUAUGAUGAGGGUGAAACUAUGUAUGAUGAAAUUUUAGACAUGCUUGAUCGUGAAGUUGAUGGUUGUGAUAGUAUGGAGGGAUUUAUAUUUUGCCACUCAAUAGCAGGAGGCACAGGAAGUGGUAUGGGUUCUUAUAUGCUAGAACUUUUAAAUGAGCACUAUCCUAGAAAACUAAUUAAGACAUUUUCAGUAUUCCCAAUGCUGACAAAUGAAAGCUCCGAUGUUGUGGUACAGCCUUAUAACUCUGUUUUAACACUAAAGAGAUUGGCACUAAAUGCAGACUGUGUAGUUGUUUUGGAUAACACAGCUUUAAAUGGUAUUGCUGUUGAUAGGCUUAAACUGAAUAACCCUACAUUUGCUCAAACAAAUGCUUUAGUCAGUACUGUGAUGGCUGCUUCAACCACUACUUUAAGAUAUCCAAGUUAUAUGCAUAAUAACCUUGUAUCACUUAUAGCAGCUCUUGUCCCAACUCCUCGGUGUCACUUUCUAGUUACAUCUUAUACUCCAAUAACAAUUAGUCAAAAUAUACAACAAGCUGUAAGGAAAACAACAACACUUGAUGUAAUGCGAAGACUCUUGCAGCCAAACAACAUUAUGGUGAGUACAAAUAUGCGUAAAGGCACAUAUAUCUCAAUCUUGAACAUAAUUAGAGGGGAAACUGACCCUUUGGAAGUUCAUAAAAGUCUUCAGCGUAUUCGAGAUAGAAAUAUGGUCAAAUUUAUUCAGUGGGGCCCAGCUGCAAUUCAAGUGGCUCUUUCUAAAUAUAAUCCAUAUGGAAAUCAACACAAGGUAAAUGGUUUGAUGAUGGCUAAUAAUACUGCAAUUGCAGCAUUAUUUCAGCGUUGUGUGGCUCAAUUUGAUCGUCUCAUGAAACGUGGUGCUUUUCUUGAAAACUAUAAGAAGCAAAGUGUAUUUCAAGAUGGUCUUGAAGAGUUUGAAAAUUCUAGAGAGGUUACUGAAAUGUUAAUAGAUGAAUACAAAAGAGCUGAAAGGGAUGACUAUAUAUUAGCUGGCUAUGGAAUUGAACAGGAUCAACAUAACUUUGACAAAUUCCAAAGUAGUCACGAACCUUCAUAUACUAGUCAAUCCCCAUCAAUUUUUAGUAGUGAAAACACAAAUAGCUUUAACUUUCCCAGAAUUUAA